CAAUCGUAGUCUAGUAACUUCAGUUACAGAAGGUGUGAAAGGGUAAGCUCUGUGAGAGUUGUCUUGCAUUCUUUCUAUGACUAAUGAGGACUAAGAGGAGACCAGAUGUUGCGCAAAGUGUGGAGGAGAGUCGAGAGGAGAGUUGGGAGGAGAAGAGUCGGGAGACUAGAUGUGCGCGGGACAAGACCAGAUGCGAUGAGUUUUAGCUUUUAGGGUUUUCUUUCUUUAAUUUAUAAAUAGAAAAGUUGGAA